AUGGAAAAGGGCACAAAGGGGCCCCCCAGUCCUUCUGCCCACCGCGAGGAAGACAGCAGCAGCAGCAGCAGCAGCGGCGCGGGACUGCUGGCAGAAGAGUGGGGGCCCCACACAGAGUCUUUUGCUGCUCUUUCUGCUGCAGGCAGCAGCAGCUUCGCCCUCUCAGAGGAAAUGCCUUUCCAAAAAGAAGAAGAUGACGUCAAGUGGGCCUCUGAGUUCCUUAAGAGACAGUACGAGGGAUGUGGUCUGGACUUUGGAGAUGUUCCGCCGCGGCCUGAAGAGCUUGGGACCCCGUAG